AUGGGUAAUGAUCAGAAAACUGUGGUCGUUAUCGGGGGAGGAACUUAUGGAGUUCGUGUAGCUCAGCACCUAGCCAAGUCCUACAACCAUAAGGUGUGUCUUAUUUCGAAUUUGGAAUACUAUUAUUUCUUGGUUUCUACACCAAGAGCGCUGAAUUAUGACACCCCAUCAGAUUGGGUCAAGCAAAUCACCUUACCACUAAAGGAAAUUUUGCCAGAAAACAUCAAUUUAGUCAUUGAUGAUGUCACCAAUAUAGACAAUAAUAAGGUGAGUCUCAGAGGUCAUAAAGAUAUCGCCUAUGAUGCUUUGGUUAUUGCUACCGGAGCAAGAUGGCCCUCACCUGUCUUCCCUGAAUUCAAUGGAAACCGUACUAUAAAGGGAUUGCAAGACUAUUAUGAAAGCAUAGUCAAGGCCAUGGACUCUUCCAAGCGCAUCGUAUUUGUGGGUGCUGGUUUUGUCGGACUAGAAAUCGUUGGAGAGCUGGCUCAUAAGUAUAGGGAAGAGAUUAGGAUGGGAGAGAAGUCGAUCACGAUCUAUCAUGGAAAUAAAGAACUUCUUGACUUCACAUAUGGUGAGAAGCUUAAGAAGGGAGCUGAGAAAGAUCUCGAAGGUCAAGGUGUGAAAUUUGUUUUUGAUACGAGGGUUAUUUCUGAUGGAAAUGGUGGGGGUAUCUUCGAAAAAACUGGUGAAAACGUUUUGGCCGACAAGAUAUAUUUUACCACUGGACCUGUUGCAAAUCCACCACCAAAUAGCAUUUCUGAUCUGGUUGAUGAUCUAAAUCAGGUUAAAAUUGAUACCGCUUUUCGAGCAAUUGGUGCAGACAAUGGAAAGAUAUUUGCGCUUGGUGAUGUUACUGAUUGGCCCAGGAGAGUUGCACAAAAUGCAAAACCGUUCCCUCGGAUUCUAGCCCAUAACAUCAACUCUUUCUUGGAAGGAAAAACUGAUAUAAAACAUGUUCCUCAACCAUCAGGCUACGCCAAAGUGGCGCUUUCUUUGGGUCCAGAGAAUGCAUACGGACAAUGGCCUGUUCCGUUUUUGGGGUACAUCAAUUUCCCCAAGAGUAUGGUGGUAAAGGUUAAAGCCAGGAAGAUGCUCAGCGAUGUUAUGUUGGACUUUGCUAAGAUUUAG